AGACGGGGUAACGACUCCUCAUGCAACAGCCAAAGCAAAAACAUACACACCAGGGAGAAGAACGAAAAAGAAAUAAGCAGCAUUAAAAGAUAGUGCCAUUUCCAGGCAUCAGGCUUAGAGGAGGCCAAACCAAUUAUGGCGUUCUGAGGAGACCCCCGCUCACUGCAUGCUUGGAUGUGAAGCUGUACCACUGUAUCAAGAUGGUGGCUGCCCUGCCAGACUCGAGGCUUAGCAUUGGAAUUCUGGCUUUCAAGACUGGCAGUCUCCACAGUAUCAAGCCAAGGGCAAUUACUUUGAUUGGUUAGGACUGGAAUAACAGCACCUAUAUAUAUAUAUAUACAUACAUAUAUUUAUAUAAAACUUUACAGGGGGCUUCUGGCUGAAGCCAUGCGGGUUUCAGAGUGUCGAUUUCCCAUGAAUCUUUGGAGUAAGGGCUGCUUGCAUCAUCUUCGCCUGACAUCAAAAGGAAUAUAGAGCCUGGGGAGAGGCCUGUGCGAAAAAAACACAACUCUAUAACGAACAGGUGGCCAUUUUGAUUUUGGACACAUCUCCGCAAAGUGCGCUACAGCAUAGAGGAUUCAACACUCCAUCUAGGUAUUAAAGAGACACCCUUUUCUGGAAGUCCAAAACAGCCCUUCCAAAACCAUCCUCUUAACUUCACCAAGGAGCCUAUAAGGCAAUUGGGGUUAUCUACAGCCAAGAGGGAGUAGCAGCCAGAGCCAACAGAACUAUGGCUGCCGAGAGCCUGGUGGAGCUUCGCGAUUGGCUGUUCCUGAUUCUCUUGUGUCUGACACUAUUAGUUGAGGUCUUGGAGUUUGCUGCGGCAACGGCUGCUGUUGCUGAGGCGGUUGCCGGAGAUGGAGACUACCAGGGGGAGGUGUCAUGCCCCUCAGCCUGUCGCUGUGACGACAGCUUUGUUUACUGCAAUGACCGAGGCCUGAGCAUCAUUCCGCCACUGCCUUUAGCAGCUGCCGUGCUCUACCUUCAGAACAACCGCAUUGACAAUGCUGGAUUGCCUACAUCCCUAGAGCGACGAAUGACUGUACGAGUCAUUUACCUGUAUGACAAUGAACUGGAUGAUUUUCCAAAGCAUCUACCCCCAUCGCUUCGAGAACUCCACCUGCAGGACAACAACAUACGAACGCUACCGCGUGCUACUCUAGCUCGACUACCACUGCUUGAAAAAUUACACUUGGAUGAUAAUUCAGUGUCAACAGUGAGCAUAGAAGACAAAGCAUUUGCCAACAACCCGCGACUACGACUCCUAUUCUUGUCACGCAACCACUUAUCUAGUAUCCCUUCAGGUCUGCCAGCAUCCCUAGAGGAACUAAGGCUUGAUGACAAUCGCAUCUCGACCAUCCCCACCCACGCUUUCCGUGGACUCUCGUCCUUAAGGCGUCUCUUUCUGGAUGGCAAUUUGUUGGCAAAUCAACGAAUAGCUGAUGAUACUUUCGCACGACUCUCCAACCUGACAGAGCUCUCACUAGUCCGCAACUCCCUCCUGGCACCACCAUUGAAUUUGCCCAGCUCUCACCUGCUACGCCUCUACCUCCAGGAUAAUGCACUGGCACACAUGCCCCGUGGAUCCCUGGACGGCAUGAAGAGACUACAGAAGCUCGAUCUGUCAGGCAACAACCUCACCACCCUUCCCCGGGGCAUUUUCAGAGACCUGGACAGUUUGUCCCAGCUGCUGAUGCGUGGAAAUCCUUGGUAUUGUGGCUGUAAUCUCCGCUGGCUCUAUGACUGGCUCCAUAUGCGGGGAGCAUUUGUAACUGUGAGGGGUUUAACUUGCCACAGCCCUGAGCGAGUGAGAGGGCAGUCAUUAAAGGAGCUGACAAGUGAGAUGAAGUUAUGCGAGACAGUAGGGGAGGUUGGAGUGGUUGGAGGAGGCGGAGGAGGCGGAGGAGGUGGAGGGGCGGCAGGUAAAGAGAAAAUUGGAGUUCUUCCAACGGAGGCAGCCAGCACAACCACACGCAUGCCCCAGGGGUCUCUCUUCACCCUUAGGUCCAAAUAUCCGGGCCACAUCCCCGAUCUGGUGCAAGACCACCUUGGUGUAAGUGGAUAUGGUGAGGCUGGUAAAACGUUACAUGUUGAAGUCAAGCCACUCACACCAGAAACAAUCCACAUCACAUGGAUUGCAGCACAACCAGCCCCGUCUUUCCGGCUUUCCUGGUUGCGACUGGGCACAAGUCCUGCAAUGGGCGACAUUACAGAGACAUUAGUCCCUGGUGAUCGCAGAGAGUAUCUACUCACUCAGCUGCAGCCACAGUCCAGUUAUAUCAUUUGUAUAGUGCCCCUCUUUGUAAAUGAGGGCAAAAGUUCAUCCCGUUCCUCAACAAACUUGAACAAGGAUCAUGAGCACCCUGCUUGCGCAAAGACUGAGACAUCAGAUCUCACAAGACAGUCUGGUUCAGAACAGGAUGGGACCGAUCAGGGAACAGACCAGUUUGCAGCCCUUCCAGUAGCUGGAAUUAUUGGGGGUGCCACAGCAUUGGUCUCACUGCUCCUCAUUUUUGGCAUCUUUUGUUGGUAUGGCCAUCGGGUGGGGUACCUUGCACCCGGCGAUCAGUCCGUGUAUGGGAGGGGGGACGUGGUCAACGGCCGUGCCAGCGGCAAACAUUAUGAUGACUAUGCUGAAUCGGGCACCAUAAAGGACACCUCAAUCUUAGAAAUAAGGGGGCCUGGUUUCCAGAUGACACCCAUGGCAGCGCACCAGCCGCUGCCGCCCAAGGCUAAAUGUGAGGACAUGACCUACAUUCACACCAUCUUUCCAUCAAAUAACACAAGCCUCUACAGGAGCACCCACAACCACACAGCCAAUUCAGGCUAUGGGACCAACCGUGGGUACAGGGAAAGAGGUAUACCAGAUAUAGAUUACUCAUACACGUGA